UACUAGUGAAAUCUGUGAAUGAUCACAGAGGUCACAUGGUACAAGGCUAUUCACAACAGCCUUGUACCAUGUGACAAGCUCUGUGAUUGGUCACAGCUUGUCACAUGGUACAAGGCUGUUGUGAAUAGCCUUGUACCAUAUGACCUCUGUGAUCAUUCAUAGAUUUCACAAGUAGUAAGCAAUGAUGUCAGGAACCAAUCAGUGAUUACAUGAAUCGGGACUUCACACAGAGGUCCUGUACAGCGAUCUGUGUUCCGCUGUGUCCCAGUGAGCGCACACAGGCAAUGGAUGUGGGGGAAACGUCCACCCGCAUCGGCAGCGCUCCUGUCUGGCAGUUUAUCUACAUGGGCUGGAUGGGAAGUGGUUAA